AUGAGGCCAAAAGACCCGCUGCCACGGCAGGAAACGUCUGGAGUCUUUUUCCGGAUCUGGUGCAGUUGCGGACAGAGCAACUACGUCGGAGAAACUGGGAGAUUACUCCGUACGCGAAUUGUCGAGAACGCAGCAGCAGUGAGGCGGGGAGACUAUAGUUCUCUGGUGGCGGCACACUCGACGGGACCCGGCCAUAUUUUCAAAUUUCAAGAGGCCGAAAUCCUCGCAAGGGGUGACAACCGCGUGAGCCGCGAGCUGCUCGAGUCAUGGUUCUCAGGCCCGCAAUCCAUCAGGAAGCGCAAUGACCUCCUUGCUGAGAUUUUCCUUGGGCAGGGGAAUCUGUCACGUGGGGAGGGCGCAGGUGAGCAAUUAUCCCAGUGACAGUGAGCCAAUUUGCCGAACAAUCGUUACACCAGCACCCAACAAGGAUGAUGAAAUUGCGGCCAUUAACGACUCGGACUCGGACGGAAAAGCCACCACCGCAUCAAUUACGACCCCUGCGGUGAUUGCGAGAGCUGUUAAUUACAGUGCGCUGCCACGUGCUAUAAGUACUGCACUCCUUGUGCCACCAUCAUCUUUAUCUGCGACUGUCUCUGAGGAUGGAUUCGAGUUUGAAUCCGAAACGCCAGGCCAAUAAUCUUCUUGUUCCAGUGAUCGCUCUUCGGUCUCCUGAAAUGUCUGGCACGCUUACCGCCACUUCCCUGUUCAAUCUCUGUUCACCGAUUGCUGGGGUGAUAUGAAUGUGCAUUUAGAGAAUGCCGGCCAGAUACUCUAGCCGACGCUCUCUAACCGCCGCUUUAGCGGUCUGCUUCAAAUAAAACUGAAACCCUUCGCUCUGACAUGCAAUUGUGAGAAAACAUCGUUCCAGACAACAGCGACCGUCAAGUAGUAUAAACGACAAAGGCAACGAUGAUGGCAUCCGUUUCCGUCUUAUCUGCCAUCGUCUGCAAGCCGUAUCCGCAUUCUGAGUUGGAAUCCUACCGAUUAUUGAGUUCUCUCAACCUUAUGUCUGCUGUGACUGGGAAUAUCCACUGCCAAAUAAGAAUUGCGAUAGUCAAUGCGGUCUGAUAACGAGACGCCGAGAAUCCGAUAGAUUCCAUCUAGAAUGACGGGCAGGCCGUCGCACCGUCAUGAUCACUCUCUAAUCACUAAUUAUAGUCGACAAAAAAUAAGAGAAACCGGAACGAUUAUUUCACUUUUACUUGUCAUAAUCCACUAGACUUUUAUCCACGGAGAGACUGUAUAUUGCCGAUACAAACCUUAAGGUGAGUCCAAGGGGCCAGAAAGGGAUGAGGAGGAGGAGGGGGAGAAGGAGGAGGAGGAGAAGAAGGAGGAGGAGGAGGAGGAGGAGGAGGAGGAGGAGAAUUUGACCGCUACAACAAAAACUUUUCUCACCCGAUAUUUAUGUCGCACCCUUCUAUCCGUUAUCAGGUAG